AUGUUACAUUUUUCAGCCGAGUUAUUUCCAUUUGGAGUCCUUGAGGGAGAUUUAGAAUUACAGUCCUCCUUGGGGAGAUCUGAGGCCAUAGUGCCCAUUGUUGAUCUCCCAACUACAUCCGGGUCUUAUUCCACACUCUAUAUUGGCAGUAAUGGUAUAUUGUCCCUUGAGUCUAGAUACAACUCACCAAAUCCUAUCCCUCUUAAUGACGUAGCCUCUGGAUUAAGUAUUAUGUGCCCUAUGUGGAUGGACGUGGGUUACAGAAACGUAUCCAGGGUUUACUAUCAGUUGUACGACAGAGACUCUAACAAGCCGAAAUCUGCCAAAUUUGACGAGAUUAUGACUCGCGCAAACACCGAAAUACGUACCUACAAACCGUCUCUGUCCAAGUUUUCGGCCCGCUGGGUCUACGUUGGUACAUGGCACCGUGUAUACCCUCGAGUGUCCGGAUCUUUGUCUAACGAAGAUAUAACUUUUCAACUUGUUAUUGUAACCAAUGGGGUGAAUUCUUACAUCAUGUACUUUUACGAUGGCAGUUUUGUAAGUGAAGUAAUCGACAGGACCGUUACUAUUGGCUACAAGAUCGGCAGCACCAUAGUUGUCAAUCAAUUUUCGCAAAUUGUGACAUCAUUCCAAACAGAGGGAUUAUCUGCUAUCGACACAAAUAGUCGAACAGCAUUCAGUAUCAGUCAGUAUAUUGGAAAUAAAGAUAAAGCGGGAUUCUACUUCUAUGAGAUAAGCUCGCCUGACGCUGAAGGAACCACGCCGUCCCUUGAAUGUCGAGACUGGUACAACGCUAACAAAGAGGGGCGUACACAAAACAUAUUUCUCAACAUGACCGACUUCCCUUCUUCGAUGUGGUGCCCUUGUUAUAAAGAAUUCUUAGACUAUGAUUGGCGAUACAGUACCAGCGGCGCCACCUACACAAGAGAAGGCAUGUUCACGACAAUGGACUGUGUUUCGGCAUUCCUAUCCGGCAUCUAUCCUGCCACAAGGGAAUGUUGCUAUAACACUACCAGUGGAAGUCUCAUAGCGGACGAGUCAAGAUUCCUCAUGUCACACCCUGACCAACGUGACGAAAGCACUGACAAUAUUCCCAGGAUGCAAUGCUGCGACGAGUCCAAUUUAUGUGAUCUUUGGAGGGAAAUGAGACCAAAUACAGAAUGCAGAUCUGUUCACCAAUUCACGACAUGUGACACGUAUGGUGAUCCCCAUUUUAUCACACUGGAUGGGAAGGAGUAUACUUUUAAUGGGUAUGGCGAAUAUACAAUGGUCAGACUGCUCCCUACAGCUCAGGAUAAGUUUGAGCUACAGGCAAGAACUGAUCUGGCUACUACUGAAAAUGGGACAACAAUCAGCGCUACGAUUUUCAGUGCGUUUGCCGCUACGGAGGGAUUGGACACUUCCUUCCAAGUCGAAUUGUCUAUGGAUCGUUUGUCAAUGGCCAUAUACGUACAGGGAAGGGACUACACAUCUAGAUUUUAUUCAAGUGACUCCUUCUCGGAGACGAUCGACAAUAAAAUACACAUCUCCAGACAGAAUGAAACUGCACGCUUUGGAUUCAUUCAAAUAGACAUUGGCGUCAAUGUUCGCGUUGGUGUCAGAAUGCUUUCUGUGUCAAUGUCAAUCCCACAAAAGUAUAGAACGCACACAACUGGACUGAUGGGGAACUACAAUGGGCUUACUACAGACGAUUUCGUGUUACCUGACGGGACUUCGUUACCGACUGGAAACUACACCGAGCGAGAAAUAUUCCAGAAUUUCGGUCAAUUAUGGAUGGUGAGCGUGGAUUCAUCCAUUUUCGAUUAUUUUGGAAAAUCGGCUGAUGAUUUUGCCCAUCCCGAUUUUGUCCCAAAGUUCAUCGAUGAGUUCGCCGCCAAUGAUGUGACCGCCGCCGAGGCAUUCUGUGGUCAGACAAACCAGGCCUGUGUGUACGACUUCCUGUCCACACAGGAUGUGGCCGUCGCAGGGGACACUACUCUUUUGGGACUUGAUGCGGACCAAAUCCGCAACGUUAUCGGAAACCUACCGCCAACCAUCACAAGUUCUCUACCCGCGACUAAUGUUCAGCUUGAGAUCGGAGUUAUCUUCUCCUUCAAUCUAGCUGUGGCCGACGAUGGACCGACGACCUUUAAGGUCAUUAAUCAGCCUCCCUCUGGGUUUUCGCUUGAUCAAACGUCAGGAACCGUCACAUUCACACCUGUUAGCUCAAAUCCAGUAAUAAUAAGUAUAACUGCAGUGGACGACAUGAGGGCAGAAGCGACCCCUAUCACGCUAAACAUUACCUUGUGUACCGAAUGUAGUAACCAGGGAAGCUGUAAUCUGACAGAUACUCGCAAAUCGAACGCGCCGCUCUUCAGACUUAAUGUUUGUAAUUGUGACGUCGGCUAUGAAGGUUUGGACUGUGAGAGCGAAGUAGAUGGGUGUGUUGGCGAUCCCUGUUCUGUAAAUAGGAAUUGUACCGAUCUAUCCCCGGCGGAGGAACUGAUCCAGGGUCGUGCAUUCACGUGCUCUCCCUGCCCUGACGGACGGUAUAUCACAGAUGGCAUAUUUUGUUUAGAUAUCAAUGAAUGUCUGAAUGAAACCCUUGCCGCUGUAUGUCCAGCAAACUGCAUCAACACUGAGGGAAGUUUCUAUUGCGAGUGUGGUGCCGGUUUUCGUGGGGAUUCUACGAGCUGUCAAGAUAUCGAUGAAUGUUUUGAAAGUACGCACAAAUGCGAUCAGGAAUGUAUCAACAUAGAUGGUAAUUACUUAUGUGGUUGUUACUAUGGAUACGACCUUCAACCUGACGGAUUUACCUGUAUUCAAGUCCUCGAUGUUUGCGCAAUACAAAACCUCACCUGUUCCUAUGCCUGUGGCAAUACGUCUGAUGAGGCUGUUGGCUGUAUAUGUCCAAACGGAUAUACACUGGAUAGCACAGGACAGACCUGCAUCAAUAUUGACGAGUGCAGCCUUAACAUCUGCCAACAAAACUGCAGUGACACUGAUGGUAGCUUUUUCUGUACCUGUUUUGACGGUUACUCGCUCGAUUCAGAUAAGACAUCUUGUAAAGCAUGUGCUUUCCCGUCUUGGGGUCCCGGAUGUGUCAAUACUUGUGCCUGUGGAUCUGGGGCUUUGUACUGUGACCCUGCCGUUGGAUGUGUCUGCUCGUCCGCUUGGGAGGGUGAAGACUGCAGGACUGACAUAGAUGAGUGUACAGUUGAUCCCUUUAUAUGUGGUAUUGACCGAAUUUGUGAGAAUAUCGAUGGAUCAUACAAGUGUAACUGUCCAUCUGGAUAUGUUCGGGAUAAUGAUACAUGUGUGGAUAUUAACGAAUGUGUCAUCUCCACUGAUAACUGUUCCUCGGUAGCCGUGUGUGAGAACUUUGAGGGAGGCUUUUCCUGUCAGUGUCCAACGGGCUACAUACCAAAUGGGUUCAGCGACUGCACAAACAUUGAUGAGUGCUCCCUUAAUAUUGACGGUUGUUCCCACACGUGCAAGGACACAGUUGGAAGUUACAACUGUUUCUGUGAGAAUGGGUAUGCUCUUGAGUCAGACAGAAAGACCUGCUUCCUUGUAACCAAUCCGUGCGAGUUUUUCCAAAACCUGAACUGCAGCCAGGGUUGUAGGACUGUCAAUGGAACACCGGAAUGUUUCUGUGAAUCCGGCUACAUGCUUACUACAGAUCUAGAGACUUGUGUUGAUAUAAACGAAUGCAAUGUUGCUAAUGGAGGGUGUAGCCAGACUUGUACCAAUGUGGAGGGAGGCUUUCAGUGUCUUUGUAGUACUGGCUUCAAAAUAGAGAACGACGGAAAGACAUGUACAGCAUGUGACGCACAACAUUGGGGUGACAACUGCGCAAAUCAGUGCAACUGUGGCGAGCGUGGAACUGAUAGGUGUGAUAGCGUGCUCGGCUGUGUCUGUAAAUCCGGAUUUGCUAGUGUGAUGUGUACUGAGGACAUCAACGAGUGUGACGUUGGUUUGGUCUGCCUGGGAGCUAACGAAGAAUGCGUUAACAAUGUUGGAUCCUACAGCUGCCAGUGUGCGACCGGCUACACUUAUGACAAUGGGGGACUCUGUCAAGAUAUUGAUGAGUGUGCACUUCCCCGGAAAAAAUGCGAUCAGAAUUGUAUUAACACCGUGGGUAGUUUCUACUGUGAGUGUUUCGAUGGCUUUGUCGGAACUGAUAUCUGUACAGAUAUCAAUGAGUGUACAUUAGACGCAGAUAAUUGCUCCCAGACAUGCAUCAACACGGAAGGGAGCUAUCGUUGCUCUUGUCUUGACGGAUACAUCUUAGACGCUGUGAACAAGCGCCAAUGUUCAGCGAAAACAUCUUGUUCCAUAUUAUCCUGUGGUCAGACGUGUGCUAUAGAUUCUUACCUUCAGGAAUACUGUAGUUGUUCCAGCGGAUACCAAAUGAAUGCUGAUAAUGUUACCUGUGAUAAUAUCGACGAAUGCCUUGCAAAUCCCUGUUCUCACAAUUGUACCGAUUAUUCACCUGGAUAUGCAUGUUCUUGCCCUGCGGGGCUGAGUCUCGAUAAUGACGGCGUUACAUGUACAGAAUGUCGGGAUGGCACUUAUGGAUAUGAAUGCAAUAACGCAUGCGAGUGCAUAACAGCCAACUCUGCGGGAGCCUGUGACAAAGUGACAGGAGACUGCGCGUGUAAAGUGGGUUGGAAUGGAACCACGUGCAGCGAAAACAUUAACGAGUGUGACGUCAUUCCUAGUGUGUGUCCCCCUAACUCUGUAUGUAACGACAGAAACGGUAGCUAUAGCUGCAACUGCGAUCCUGGUUUCGCAAACGCUGCCAUAAGUGGACUGUGUACAGAAUGUUCCGCUGGAAGGUACGGAACGAACUGUGCCGGAGUAUGCAUGUGUAAUGUCUUCAAUACUAUUGGAUGUGAUAAGGUGACUGGAUUCUGUGAUUGUUCCAAUGGAUGGAACGGCACUACCUGUGAUGAUGACAUAAACGAAUGUCUUUUGAACUCAUCGGCGUGCGGUAUAAAUUCACAAUGCCGAAACACGAACGGGUCAUACGUCUGUGACUGUGAUGCUGGGUUUGCAAAGAAAAUGUCCGAUGCAUGCGAAGAUGUUAAUGAGUGUAUGAUGGGCUAUGACAAUUGUAGUGCCAAUGCUGAUUGUAUUAACACCGUCGGAUCCUACAAUUGUAUAUGUACACCAGGAUAUAUAGGAGAUGGCUAUACAUGUGUUUUAAACACAACUACGACUACUAAACCAUCACCAACCACAACCCCUUCUACAACAACCACCACUACUACACCAACAACCACCACUAAUACACCAACAACCACCACUACAACACCAACAACCACAACUAAUACACCAACAACCACCACGACACCUACAACACCAACACAAACCACUUACAUGCCAACACCGCCCAAACCCAAACCUUGCAAUGAUACUGCCUAUCCAAGCAUCAAGCGAUUAAGCAAGACAUCUUUCUUGAGUAUCUUGAUAAAAUCGAGCGUAAGUGAAGAAAUACCUGUUCUUCCAUGUGGUAAAAUAGGUUGUAAUAUUCCAAGCCAUGGACAGAAUUACAUGUACGGUCAAUCUGAACCAUCAAUGGACGUAAGAAAUAAAGCACCCAUGUCGGAAAUGUUGAAUGCUGAACAGGGACCAGAAUCACCAAGGUUUAACAUGUUGGACGGAGAAAAAGAGCCAGAGCCGCCUAAGUGGUUGAGGAUGUUGGACGGUGUAAGAGAACCGGAACCCCCUAGGUUGGACAUGUUGGACGGAGUAAGAGAACCAGAGCCGCCUAGGUUGAACAUGUUGGACGGAGUAAGAGAACCAGAGCCGCCUAGGUUGAACAUGUUGGACGGAGUAAGAGAACCAGAGCCGCCUAGGUUGGACAUGUUGGACGGAGUAAGAGAACCAGAGCGGCCUAGGUUGGACAUGUUGGACGGAGUAAGAGAACCAGAACCUCCUAUGAUUAACUUUCGAGAAUUGGAAAGACACUCUCAACCGGAGAAUGGAUUAAACGAGGGAUAUGAUGAUGAAUAUAAUAACGACGAUCAGCAACUGCAGUAUGAAGACGGUACAAGAUAUGAAAAUGAUGGAUACGGUGAUCUUAGAGACGACUAUGAAUUUGAUCAAGGUAUUAUAUAUGGCAACGCCAAUAAUGAAGAGAUGGGUUAUGCUGUAGGGCCUGAAAACGACGGUCGUCAAGAUAUGGAUCCUGCUGAAGACUAUUCCAUGGAUAAAUCGGCAUAUGGUAGGGAAAGGGGAAAAGAAGAACUAGAACUGGAAGACCAAGACGACCGAGAAUUAGAGGAAGGUCCAGAACUGGACGGUGAUCAAGAACAAAACGCAUAUCAAGAAACAGACGAAGAACAAGAACCGGAAGAAGAUCAAAACGAAGAUGAUGAACAGGACAUGGAUCAAGUAUCAGACGAAGAACAAGACGAAGAUCAAGAACAAGACGAAAACCAAGAACAAGACGAAGAUCAAGAACAAAAUGAAGAUCAAGAACAAGACGAAGAUCAAGAACAAGACGAAGAAUCAAGACGAAGAUCAAGAACAAGACGAAAAUCAAAACGAAGAACAAGAUGAAGAUCAAGAACAAGAUGAAGAUCAAGAAUUAGACGGAGACCAAGAACAAGACGUUGACGAAACCGGUUUAUCAACAAAUUACAACAAUGGACUUGAGCAAUUCUUUAUAGCUCCCGCACAAAUUCGUAAUAUGUUGGAAGGUCAUAUGGG